AUGCUUUCCCUAUUGAUAAUCUCCGUCUAUACUGAAUUUAUCCGUCCAUUUAUCAUUUCACUUUAUCGCAUUCUUUAUUCUUUGGAUCAGAAAGUCACUUUUCUGUCCAUAAAUAUGUCACUUCAUGAAUUGUCUGAUGGUAUUCUUGGAACUAAUGUUAGUUUGAAAGAUAUUGAAGAAGCUUUUGGUGGAGCAGAAUUUGGUGAAAAUGUAAAAGUUACUAAUAUUAGUGAUAUGAAAGUAAGAAUUUUUAUUCCAAUUAUCAUUUGUUUCUCAUUGUCAGUCACUCUUUUCUAGGGUUUUAUGUCUCGAAUUGCAUUGAUUGAACCUGACUGGAAAAUUGAUACCGGACUCCCGAAAAAGUUCGCCGUGAAAAUAGCAUCGCAGUUAGCUUUGAUGGAAAUCUCCAAGAUAUCCGGAAAAGCAGAUCUUGAAGAGGAAAAAUUGAAAAAACUUGAUGAAAAUUUCAAAGUUCUAAAUAAUCGUGAAGUUGAUGUUUAUAAUUUAUUGACUGAACUGAAGAUCCAAGAAAUCCCAAUUAUCAAGAUCUAUGCGACUAGGAAAUUCAGUGAAUCAAAUACGUUGAAAGCAUUCAUAAUUUCGGAAUAUGUUGAGAAUCUUUCAAAUAUAAAAAUGUAUGAGACAAUUGGUUGUGAAACUAUUCUACCAAUUAUUCGAGGAGCUGCUGCAUUUUCAGCUAUUGGAGAGACUAUUGAUAUAAAUCGGUUGAAUUUUGCAGGAGGUUUUGAUUGUUUCCAGCCAAUGAUUUCCGAUUUUGUGGAAAAAACAGCUGAGAAUGCAUUCAAAAUUAUGAGACGACAUUUUUCGGAAAUAUAUCAGAAUAAAAUUGAAGACCUCGCAAAAAUUACUGAUCUUUACUUAAAUAAAGUGAAGAUCUCAGAAAUCGUUAACAUUGUUGGUAAGAUUAUUUUUUCGAUGAUGAUUUUAAACAUUUAUUUUUGAAGAUCACGAACCGGUAUUAACUCAUAGCGAUUUAUGGCCAUCAAAUGUUAUGAUUGUUGAAAAUAAACUUCAUGCAAUUAUUGAUUGGCAAGCAGUUUCUUUUGGCUCACCAGCACAGGAUAUUGGAUUAUUAAUAGCAUCUUGUCUUUCCACAAAAGAUCGAAGAGAAAAACUAGAUUUUCUGCUCGAGGAAUAUUAUAAUACAUUUUUGAAAAAGAUCGAAGGACAUGAGGUACCUUAUAGUUUUGAACAACUCAAACAGAAUUAUCAAUUGAUGUUUCCUGCUUUGGCUUGUAUGAUUCUUCCUUGGAUUAUGCAAUCAUCAGAACAUAUUCAGGAUGAAUAUUUACAUAAAAAUGUGGUAAGUCAAAAAAAAAAACUUAAAAAGAUUAAUUUUUUGGAGUUCCCAUAUAUUUUUGAAAAUAUUUGA